UUUUAAAAUCCCGCUCUGGUUUUCUUGAUAAGUAAUAUGUUCAUUUAAAUUACAUAGCUUCGAUAUCCUUCUAUUUAACCUCACUCAUGUGCCUACCUGCCCUUUAAAAAGUUACAAUGGCUUCAUUAAGUGGGAAAACAGAAAAAGUGUCGAUUGAGCAGGCCUUAAAAGAAGUAUUUUAUAUCCAUAGAAACACAGUUAAAGAAUAUCAAUCAGAACUUGGUCAAUGGAUAGAAAAAUAUGAAGGAUUGGAUCAAGAAAAGGAAAAAUUGAUGGAACAAAUUGAAGGUUUAGAGAAGAAAAAUGCCAAACUUGAAGAAGAAAAAAAUACAUUGAGUAACAGCAUAGAUAAAAUAUCAUCUAGAAACGAUGACAAAGCCUGUACUAUGUGUAGUCACCUACAACAGUCUAUGAAAGUUGUACAAGAUGCUUAUAAACAAACAUUAGAAGAAAAAGAUAAUAUGAUUAAAUUUUUAAAAGAACAAUUAGCAGAAAGAUCAGGUCACGUUCCAUUGGUAGAUAUGUCAAAUCAAAUGAUAUCCAGGGAAGUCAUUUCGGGGACUCCUACAAAAUUGAUCACUGGAUUUAUCAAAGGCGGUGGAACAGAUUCUCAAAAGAAGAAACCUAGUCCAGAUUCUACUGUCAAUAGUGCAAAGAAAAAAUCACAAGAACAACAACAGAUAUGCAAACAAUUGGAAGAAGAUGGUGGUGGAGAUAACUUGAAGAAUGAUAAAUUAAGAUUUAAAAAUAAAAGAGCAAGACAUAAAGAGGAUGUAUCACCUACAUAUAAAAAAUUAAAAUUUUCUUCCGGUUCAGAAAUCAGUGAAAAAGAUAGAAAUUCAUCAGAAAAUACUUCUCCAGAUUUGGUUUCAAAAGUAAAAGUAAAAGUUAAAAAGUCAAGCCAGAAUAGUACUGGUUGUGCUAAAAGUAGGGAAUCAGCUACUCCAAGUGAAAAAAUCCAAUGUGAUACCAACGAUAAAAAACCAAGAAGUAAUCGUCUAACUACAAAAAAGAAAACUUCACCUUCUGUCAUCAAUUCAAAGGGAGAUAAUUUUGUUCCUGAAACUUGUUUUCAUCAAACACUGAACAAUUCGUGCACUGAUGAAGAUAUGGCUGAUUCUGACCAUGGUGAAGGUGAUAAAAUAGCCAAUAUUGUUGUUCCUGAAACUUUAGGUAUGGAAACAUACAGUUCCUAUAGUGAUGAAAGCGAUGAUGAUUUGAACACGGAAAAAACUGUAGUAUCCCAAAUUGAUAACGGUACAUCGGAUGAUGAUCCGUCCAAAUCUAAAAUCAAAGCAAUUAAUCAUAGGGCUUCCAAGAGUUUUAUGGAUAACACUACUGAUAUUCUCAACAGUCCAGUUUCUGAUACUAGUGAACCUGAAAUAAAUAAGAGCAGACUUCAUCCUUCCUUGAAUGUCAGUGUUACUGAAAAUCCUGAUAAGGCUGACAAUGAACUAGAUGAUAUUCCAGACUCUGGGUAUACCAGUCGAAUUGAGAAAUUGAACCAAACAGGAAACAUAGAAAAAUCUCAAACCAGACUUGGAAACUCAAAAUCCAAAACUAAAAAACAUAUUGAUUUUGAUGAUACUUCUAUGAAAGAUGUUUUGUCUGAGAACAGCAAGCGACGACCAUUACGUAUUGAUAUACCUCAGGAAAUGAAGAAGUCGUCCACUCAUAUUUCGCCAGUAUUUACUCGAUCAAACGACCAUUCUAAAAAUAAAAUGGACGGAAAGCAUGAUUUGCCAGAACUGUCUGAUUUGGAGGAACCAGUAUCUCCGUUGCUAUUACAAUCGGGAAAAUGUUACAAACCGCAGAUGACGGAAAGUGAUCCUUUCCCUAGAGUUUUAAGAAACUCAAAGUCUUCCAAGAUAAAAAAGAUAGCAUCCUCAUCUGAAAAGAAGGAGUCAAAGACAUCAUCACAGGAAUUAAAUCAAUCUAAAUCAAAGAAAAGGGGCUCCUCCAAAAAUGCAGUCAUUGACAUUCCAGAUUCUAGCUUGAAGCAAACAACUUUAAGUCAAGUUUUUAAUAACAGUCCUAAAAUGGCCGUCUCAUCUGUUGAAUCGGAAUUAGAACGUAAAAAGAUUGAAGAAGCAAUUAAAUUAUCACUACUAGAAUUUCAAACCACUUCUCAAGAAUAUAACACUAAAAAACAAGCAAAAGUUAAGCAAGUCAAUGAUGAGAUGGAUGGAAUUGAAAUGUUUAAAAAGCCUUUAUCAUCUACCAAAAUGUCAACACCUCGCAAAAGACGACCCAGUGCAAACAAGCAGAGUCCCCUAAAUUCACCGAAUAAAAACUAUAAAUCACCAAAUAAAUCACUUGAUCCUGAUGAAACAGUGGCUCCAUCUCCUGAUAGUCAACCAAUCAUACCACUAAGACGAUCGCCAAGGAAAUCCUCACCAAUGAAGUCUUACCUACCCACAAUCAAACCUCUGAGUUUGGAUCAAUCUUUACGAGAUUUGGAUGAAACUGUUGCACCAUCACCCAUUGCUUUUAUUAACACAAAAGAGCAGACUCCAUCAGAUGGUGAUAAUUGUAGAGCAGGAUUAAAUAGAAGUAUUGGACCAGAUGUUCGACUAACUCAGUACUGUGAAGACAGUGAGUCUAUAGAUCCUUUAAAAGCUUCUCCUACAUUGAAGAAACAGAGUAAAAAAAAGCUGACCACCAACUCGAAAAAUACCAGACAAACUUUAGACUCGACAUUAAAUGAAGAAUCUCAAAGUCUACCUUGUAGCUCUAAGAGUUUUAAAUUUGGUGCCAGAAGAACAAGAACUAAAGCCAUGGAAACACAGGAAGAAGAUAUUGAAGAUGAAGGUGAAGAAGAAGAAGAAAAUGGAGGAACAUUAAAAGAAGAUAUAAUUAUAGAUGAUGAUCAUGUUGAAGAACAACCUUCUUUUGAUUCUAGUUUUGAUAGAGUGAACAAGAAAAAAGAUACAGAAUUUGCUCAUGUUAAAGUUGUUAAAAAACAAGAUGAAAGAAGAAAGUUAAAAGGACAUAGUUGUAAAGAGUGUUAUGAGUACUAUAAGUCAACAGGAAUGUCAGAAGAUGAAAUACAGAGUCGAAUUCAAGAUUGUUCACGACAUAGAGCUGAUUAUAUCCCCCCUGAUACUCCGGAACAUUUCUGGUCUAUUGGGUUCCCGGACACACAAGAAUGUCAUGAACGAGGUUAUGCUCAAAUUGAGAGAAAUACAAAACCAUCUAACUAUCGAAGGAAACGUCAACUACAGAAAAAAUUUAAAUCAAAAGUUGAAGAUGAUGGUGGUGGAGGGGAUGUUGAACAAGAAGAUAAUUUAAUCUUUAAAUAAUACCAUAUUACAUGUUGUGGUAUUGCUCAAUUUAUACAAUAUACUUGAUAUGAUCUAGUGAUUGGAAUGGUGGAAUCAUCUCCUUAUACAUUUAGAUCUGGAAUCAUAAAUACCUAUAACCUAAUUAUAGAAUCAACAUAAUUAAUGUGCUACACUCAUUUGUUACAAAGAAUUAAAUUACUGUUCUGUUUGCACAGUCGGAUUAUGAAUUUAUUUAUUUGUUAUAUUAAUAUUAUGUACACAGAUUAAAUUUUGAAUCAAGUAAUCUAAUAAUUUAAAGAAUCACGAUUAAAAAUAUUGAAGUUGUGUAUUUAUUUAUUAGUAUGAAUGGAAUUUUGAUUUAUUAUUUUCAAGGAAUGUAAUAAUGCAUAUAAAUUUUGU